CCUUUCCGAUAACUAGGUUAUUUCCCUUUAGGCGUUCUCCGCUAUCGGAGAUUUAUUGCUUCCGGUAGGUACAACCUACCAGCGUUCCUAACAACCCCCCAUCCAUCAGUUACUAGUUUAUUAUAUAUCGAUACAUACGUGAGACAGGACAGUUUUUUGAGAUAGCAAUGGAAAGUGACUUUAGUACUUGGAAAAAGAAAGAGUUACAGGAUUUUCUGAAGAAGUGUAACCAGCCAACUUUCGGAAAUAAGCCCGAAUUAAUAGAGCGGGCAAAAGGAGCUAAAGCCCUGGGCCUUGACAUAAACAAUAAUGCACCCCGAGUGCUGGAUGAUAUUAAGUCGCCUCUUCUCACGCCAUUAGGUGAAAAUUUACCAAGUCCGUCAGAAUUAAAAGAAGGUUGGUCUUCUAACUGUGACCAAUUUCCGGACUUCACGCAUAAAGAACUGUAUAACUUUUUAGUGCUUAGUAGACAUAGGUCCUACGAUGCCAGUGAAAUGGGAGCUAGACGGCAACUGAAGGCAAAGGUUUUUUAUCAGGAAGGACACAUUUCUGACAUAAAGUGCCACCAAAUAUCUGCAAAGUGCUCCCACUGCAUUAUCAAGUGCCACUGUCUCCCGUCUAUCCCAACAAAGGAUAAGAAAAAGAAGCCAGCAUACCAGACUUGGGUGUUUUUGUCUAAAGUUACUGGGAGGGUUCAUAAUGCAGAGUGUAACUGUGUAGCAGGGGCUGGAGAAUCCUGUAAUCACAUUGCAGCCCUUCUGUAUGGCAUAGCAGACAUUACACAGCAGAAAUAUUCUGGAAAGAUUGCACCAACCUCAAAGGCUUGUGAAUGGAUAAAGCAACGCAACAGAAACUUGUCUCCUAAAAAAUCGCAAGAAAUGGUAUUCAAUAAAUUUAAGUCUCCUGAUAGAAAAGUUUCCCUUUACAGUCUUAAUGCAUCUUUCUCUAAAGAUCUGUCAACUCCAGUAAUUCAGAGUUUUAAGGAAAGACUUAUGAAUGUAAACCCUGAUGCAGGAUGGUUGAAGAACUUUCCUCAAACUUCAGCUUCUGAAACUUGUACAAAUGUAUCAACAUUGCCAAAACUGCAUAAUAUAAACUUUUCAUACAUGGAUUCAGUUGAUAUUUCAAGUAUUGAAUGUGUUCAACAUUUUUCAUCCUAUUUUGAUAGUUUAAAAAUUACGAAAGAUGAAUGCAGUAAAAUUGAAAUGGCUACAAGAGAGCAACACAAAAACCCUCUAUGGAAACAGGUGCGUAGAGGGCGCCUAACAGCAUCAAAAUUUGGGAACAUAGUCAGGAGAAAGGCAGACACUGAACCUGACAACCUAAUUAAGUAUCUUUUGGAGUACACACCAUCUUUCACAAAUGCAGCAAUCAGCUGGGGCAGAGAUCAUGAACAAAUAGCUAUUGAUAGCUAUCUCAUUCGUGUAAGGGAGAGUCAUCCACCACUCACAGCUACACAAAAUGGUGUCAUUAUAAAUGAACAUUUGCCUCAUUUGGGUGCUACUCCUGAUGGAUUAAUUUAUUGUCCGCAUUGUAAACCAUAUCAUGGUGUGAUUGAGGUAAAAUGUCCUUAUGCCCUAAGAGACUUGCAUCCGUUAGAAGCUGCAAGACAGAGCAAUUUUUUUUGUGAAGUGGAUAGUCUUGGCCGUUUAAGACUUAAACGUAAUCAUUCAUAUUACUACCAAGUGCAGGGACAACUAGCAAUAACUAAACGCACAUGGUGCCAUUUCGUUGUUUGGACCAAUAAAGGGAUGGAGUUUGAAACAAUAGACUGGGACAAAGAACUUUGGGAAAACAUCAUGUUACCUAAGUUAAAUGCAUUUUUCUCUAGUGCCAUCAUACCAGAACUAUUUACAAGCCGUGUAAAACGAAGGCUGAAAUUGUACAAUUAACUUCUCUCUGAUUAGUCGUUUAAUGUGCAACAAUGUAUUUGAACAGGAGAUAUUUUAUGGUUUUAAAAUUUCAAGUGCUUUA